UAUCUUGCCAUGUCUCGCGCAUCAAAACUCACAUUAGCAGCCACUGGCCUCGGCACAAUGGGUAUUAUCGGGUUUGUCCACUGGGCACAAGAGGCGGACAGAGCGGCUAUGCACAAAGGAGUCGAACGUGAUAUGGAAAAGCAGCGUAUCCGACUAGAACGCCAGGCCGACUUUGAAAUGCAAAAGGCCCUCGAGCAGGAGUACCUCAAGCUCCAGACGGUACAUAGCACCACCGGUGACUCAAAUACAACCAGUCAAAACACGAGUCCGGGGUCAUGAUGCAUAUG